AUGUCAGUUGUCAGCAUAGAUUUUACACUUAUUUGUUGGUAGUUAUCACUUUCUUUAACGACUUGCGAAUAUUGAAGAAUUUGGAGUGUAAACUGUAAAUAUUUUUCAUAAAAAAAUCGAUUCAGUUCUUUCUCCUUCGCUGAAUUGGGAAAAUUUUUUAAAAUCUUAAAUUGACUUGCAUUUAGUUUCUAUUCUUAUUGGAUUUAUUUCAAUCAUAUUGAUAACACUAUGUACUUGGAUUGAAUAGUGUUUUAAUUAAUUUAAAAUUAUUACUGGACACAAUGAGUGAUGAAAAGCCAUCUGAAGAGCAAGCUCAAACCGAGUCCCAAGCAGAAUCUUUGAAAGAAGACCAGAAGGAUAACGGCGAUAGUGUCAAAUCCGAUAAAGUUAAAGUUGAUAUAUUAUUAAAAGCAACUGGUAAUGCUCCAAUCAUGAAAAAGAAGAAAUGGGCAGUGGAUGCUGAAAAGCCUAUUGGUUGGAUUAUGGAGUUUGUUAAAAAGUAUCUGAAACUUGAGCCUGAUGAAAAACUAUUUUUAUAUGUCAAUCAAACAUUUGCACCAUCUCCAGAUCAAAUUAUCAAGAAUUUGUAUGAGUGCUUUGGGACAGACGGAAAGUUAGUGCUACACUAUUGUAAGAGCCAGGCUUGGGGAUGAAUGGACCUCUACAAGUUUAAAUGAACCAAAGCUAAAAGUAAGAAAUUAUUAAAAAACUAAGAGCACUUUGUACUUUUGUAAACUCACUCCGCACAGGUGGGGAAAUGUUUAAAUUUAUACCUACUGGAUUGUGUUGAUUUUUUUAAAAUUUGAAUUUAUAAUAGUUUUACCAUAGUUCUUCAUGUUUUGAAAUUGUAUGUAAGUAAAUUGAAUAUCAAUAACAGUUAUGCUUAACAAUCAAUGUGCAAUUGGAAUGAAGGUUGAAUAAAAAUACAAAUUUUACACCAAACGAUAUGUGUUAAGUUUAAAAAAAAUACAUUGUCGUCAUUGUAUAAUGUUGUCGAAAGAAUCUUAAACUGUGUAACGAUUCCUUCGAAAACUGAGCUGGUCAUUAGAUAAGGAUAGUAAAAAAAGGAUUAUUUUAUAUAAAAUGUAAUAAAUAAUAAUUAUUG